UGAUAGCAUCGAUAGCAUCAUUGUGAAUAAGAAGAAGAAGUGCAAAGUAUAAAAGCGAAGAGUGAAGUUCACAAGAAAAUUGAAUAUUAGUGAUUUUAAGGGGAAAAUGGACAUCAAGCAGGAGCCAGUCGAUGAUUUGGACUUAUCAAUAGUCAAAGAAGAGUUUACCAUAGAGGAGAUAGAACCAGAAGAUAAUUAUGAACAUUAUGACACGGACUUCAUAAUUCCAGAGGAUAAUAAAGAGAUGGUACAGAUGAAAAUUGAACAAACAAACAAUAGUUAUGAUUAUGAAAGGAUCACAAAUAAUGAAACAAAAAUUAAGAAAAAGAUCUUUUCCAAAAUGGGAAGACCGAGAAAAUCAGAGUACAAAUGUUCAAUUUGUGGAAAGACAUUUGAAAAGUCAAGAAAUCUUAGUCAGCACGUAAAGACUCAUUCUGAUGCAAAAGCAUAUGAAUGCACCCAAUGCUCAAAGUCAUUUACAGUAAGAAAGUACCUUAGUAAACACAUUAAAAGAGCCCAUAAAGAACAACCACCGGCAACAUGCAAGAUUUGCGAUAAAACCUUCAAGAAUGGCAUAUACCUCAAGAGUCACCUGUACAGACAUAGAAGUUACGUUAAGAAACGAUGUCAUCAAUGUGAGAUUUGCUGCAAAAGGUACAGCAGUGAGGCAGAAAAACUACAUCACAUCAAUAAAGUUCACGAAACGAAAAAGUUUAAAGAGUCAAAUCCGAUUUCUUACAUUUGUGCUGACUGCGGUAGGAUCUACCAGAGGAAGGGUUGCUACAAAACUCACUUGCUAACUCACAGUGAUAUUACUUAUACCUGCGCUCUAUGCACAAGAGAAUUCAAAAGCAAAGAUCUUCUUGAAAAACAUUUGAACGAUCACAUCAAAAAGAAACUUCACAUUUGCAAAUUUUGCAAUUUAUCAUUCUCUUCGGCGCCUUACUUUGAAAGGCACGUAGCCAAACAUACCAGAGAAAAAGGACCUGUGCAAUGCCUCUACUGCGACUUGAUAUUUUUGGGUACAGAAUCCCGAUACGUCCAUAUUAAGGGACUUCAUCUGGGUUUACCCACGAAAGCUGUCAAAGAAGAUGUCCCAGUUGCCUGCUUAAUUUGUAAAAUUGUAUUUGACAACUUGGAAAAACUAAAGGAACAUGCACAAGAAGCUCAUCAGGGGCGCUAUGAAUGUUCCUUUUGUGAUGAAAAAUUUCCUAUGAAGCAAUAUGUCUAUAAGCACAUCAUGGAGAAACAUGAAGGGAAAAAGUCUAACUAUACCAUCAACAGGCCAGGUCGUCCUAAUAUGCGCUACACAUGUCCGCACUGUGACCAAACUUUCACAAACAUUAGUGUGUAUAAAGAUCAUCAGGCCUACCACUCAGAAGGUAGACCGUACGUCUGUGCCCAUUGUCCCAAGUCAUUUAAAGUUAAAACUGCCCUAAAUAUGCAUAUGCAAGCACAUAUACUUGUAGCAAACUAUGAGUGCCAAGAAUGUGGAGAGAAAUUCAAAAUGAAAUGCCAUUUUCUUAAUCAUCAACGGAAACAUGGGAUUAUGGAGAGAGAUCUUGAUUGUGUAUAUUGCAAACAGACUUUCAAUGACAGAGACCUUCUCACUAAACACGUGAAACUACAUCACAAUGAUAUGACUGUGAAGCCUACAACUAGUUCAGCUGCAAUAAAACUUGAAGCGGAUCUUGCAGAAGACAUACCAGAUUUACUUCCCCCUGAUUUUACCGAGGAUUCUCACAAUGAAUAAAAUAAAAAUUUACUUAUAGUGGUAUAUGAAAUAACUGCGUAUUUAUAAUUUUAAAAGUGUUAUAAAAGAGAAUAAAUGUAAUAUUAAUGUAUUAAAAAGAAAAUCAGCAUAAAUAGCCCAUAGAAA